UUUUCCCGCUCGCACACAUUUGGCGCUGCACGUGUAGCAUUUGUUUUGCAUUCUCGCUGCGCGUUUCGAGCUAUUUUAUUUUGUUAAAACGUGAUUUAAACGACGAUUUAACAUAAUGAAGUGGACUACAGCAAACAUAAAGCAUGCCAACUAUACAACCAAGCAUGAAUUGUUUGUGGGCACACACACUGGCUCUUUUAAACACUUGUUGCCUGCUGCUGACAAGAAUCCGUAUGCACAGUCCAAUUUAAGCGAUUUGACGACCUUGGACAAGGAAUCGCGUGUCACUUCACUUGCGUUUGGCAACGAGGCACAAACGGAAAUUCUUCUCGGUCGCGCCAAGAACUCCGCCGAGCUGCAUUCACUUGGCAGAAGCGGUGGCAUAACAACGCGGUCAAUUAACUUUACUGCUGCUCCUAUUGUGGGUUUAGCACGCUAUAACAACAAUUUAAUUGCUGGCAUUGCAAAUGGACAAAUUCAAAGCGUAUCGCUCGAGGCUGAGCAGGAGGCCGAGGACGAAGAGUCGGCUAAGCCUGCUAUUAUCAAUUCGGGUGAUCACAUGGAUCACUUGCGACAAUGUCAAGCAGCACCUCACAUUGUGGCUACUGGCGGCAAGGCUAGACAGAACAAUCUUAAAGUUUACGAUCUAAGCGCGGAUGGAAAGCAAAUAUUCACCUCCAAGAAUUUGCCCAACGAUUAUUUGCAGUUGGAGGUGCCCGUGUGGGACAGUGACAUCGGCUUCGUUGAUGGGCCCAAUGUGUUGGCCACCUGCUCUAGACAUGGGUAUGUUCGACUUUACGACACACGCAAACAGCGUCGUCCAGUGACGCACUUUUCCAGCGAAGAGCAUGGCAUGAGCUUUGCGGCACUGGUAGCCCAUGGAAACUACAUUUAUACCGGCACAACAAUGGGAGCUCUCAAGGCCUUUGACACGCGACGAAUGAAGACCCAUGUGCACACCUAUAAAGGAUUCACGGGCGGCAUUAGCGACCUGCAUCUAGAUGAGACCGGCAGAUACCUAAGUUCCGCAUCAUUGGAUCGCUAUGUCCGUGUGCACGAGGCGGAUUCUACAGUUUUGCUCUAUCAGUGCUAUGUAAAGUCAAAGGCAACCAAAGUGCUUAUCAGAGAGUUGUCAGCAGAGCAGCAACAGCCGCGACAGCAAACAAACGAUGAAGCCGAAGAGGAAGAUGAAGAAAUCAAUUCGCAAAAGCAGAACAAAAAACAAAAGAAAGCCUCAAGCCACUCCCCUGGAUGCGGAGUAUGAAGAUAUGUUUGAUCAGAUGCCCACUGUGGGGGAUAGCGAUGGCGAGGAGGCAGCAGAGGGACAAGCAACGGCACCGGCUAAGCGGAAGGCACCAAAACAAACGCUAAAAACAAAAAAGAAAAAACAAUAAACAUGUUUUUAGUU